AUGCCUGCACCGGCCCAGCUCAGCGCCGAGUCCGACGACCAGCCUCGUAGCCAGUUCCCCGGUUUCUUGCUCGACUGCGGCAAGGUCUCGCCAAUUGAGGCGGACGACCCCAACGUGCAGGUCUUCCCCGCUGGGAUCAACAACCGCGGAGUGAUUGUGGGCGAAUACGUCCGGCCCGAUGGCGAGUCCGGGCUGCGGAGAGACCCCGAUGGGACGAUCUCCACUUUUGACGUCCCCGGAGCCGCCGGGACGGAGGCCAGCGACAUCAACGACAGCGGCAUCGUCUCGGGCGCCUACAGCCAGGAUACGCCGAUCGUCAAUAACUCAACCCGGCCGCGGGGGUUCCUGCUGGACGGCGAGAAGCUCACUACCAUCGAGGUCAAAAAUGCCGCAGGCACCGGAGUCAACGGUAUCAACAACCGCGGGCAGGCGGUGGGAGCAUACACGGACUCCAGCGGCGCCAUCCACGGCUUCCGCUGGGAGCAGGGGCGCAUCACGACCAUCGACAUCCCCGAUGCCGUCAACACGACACUGAUCGGCAUUAAUAACCGGGGCCAGAUCGUCGGCACCACGACGGACAUUGCGGGCACGACGAUCCGCGGUUUCCUGUGGGAGGAUGGUCUAGUCACCAAUAUCAGCGUCCCCGGCGCCGCCAUCACCUCGCCCCAGCGGAUCAACAACCUCGGACAGAUCGUGGGCUUCACCGCUGACGACCUGGCGCUCACCGGAGCCCGGGGAUUCUUGCUAGCCAGGGGCGUGAACGGCCCGUUGACCACAGUGGAUGUGCCCGGCGCACCCAGGACCGCUCCGGCAGCCAUCAACGACCGCGGCCAGAUCGUUGGCUUGUACGAGAAUCCCAAUGCGCAGCUCUCCGCGCCAGUGGACCAGUAA